CGCACAAUUUGAGACCUGUGAGUGCCGGAGAUGAAGCGUUAACAAGCCCUGCAAACAGGGAACCGCAGCUGUGUGUUGCUGUUGCUGGGUUAUCGCCGAAUAAAUAAGGGCGCAGCCUUCUCCAACUGCAAAAUAACUUUCAGUAGCCUCGGCACAGGCAGGGCUUCCCUGCAAGACGGUGGGGCCGUCAACUGACAAGCUCGCCUCGGGGCUCUCCGGCACACUUGCCGCUCGCUUGCAGGGGGCAUGGGAUUUCUCCAGGGUCUCCAUGCCCACCUGGGACACAACCGCAGGGGAAACUCUGCCAGGAUGCUCCUGCUGCGCUGCCCGCUGCUGCUGCUGCUGCUGCUGCCGCUCAGCUCCAGACCCCAGAAGUUACCUACCAGAGAUGAGGAGCUCUUCCAAAUGCAGAUCCGGGACAAAGCAUUUUUUCAUGAUUCAUCAGUCAUCCCAGAUGGAGCCGAAAUUAGCAGCUACCUCUUCCGAGACACCCCUAAAAGGUAUUUCUUUGUGGUUGAAGAGGACAACACUCCCUUAGCAGUGACGGUGACACCGUGCGAUGCGCCUCUGGAGUGGAAACUGAGCGUGCAAGAGCUCCCAGAGGAAGCCAGUGGAGAAGGUUCAGGUGAACCAGAACCUCUUGAGCAACAGAAACAGCAGAUUACUAAUGAGGAAGGCACAGAGCUGUUCUCUUACAAAGGCAAUGAUGUUGAGUACUUUGUGUCCUCUAGUUCCCCAUCUGGUUUGUACCAACUAGAUCUGCUGUCGACAGAGAAAGAUACACAUUUUAAAGUGUAUGCAACCACUACUCCAGAGUCAGACCAACCUUAUCCUGAAUUACCUUAUGAUCCCAGAAUCGAUGUCACUUCGCUGGGACGUACAACAGUGACGCUGGCGUGGAAACCAAGUCCCACCGCCUCCUUACUGAAACAGCCAAUUCAGUAUUGCAUAGUCAUCAAUAAAGAACACAAUUUCAAAAGCCUCUGUGCUGUUGAAGCCAAGCUCAGUUCUGAUGAUGCCUUCAUGAUGGCUCCAAAACCAGGUCUGGAUUUCAGUCCAUUUGACUUUGCCCAUUUUGGCUUCGCCUCAGACAACAACUCUGGCAAAGAACGUGGUUUCCUAAAAUCAUCAUCAAAGUUUGGGCGCCAGACGUCCUCAAAGCCAAGAGUUGACCUGCAUAAAGUUUGUAUCGGGAACAAGAACAUCUUCACAGUGUCUGACCUGAAGCCCGAUACGCAGUUCUACUUUGACAUGUUUGCAGUAAAUACCAACACUAACAUGAGCACCGCAUACGUUGGCACCUUUGCCAGAACGAAGGAGGAGGCUAAACAGAAAACAGUCGAACUGAAGGAUGGCAAAGUUACAGAUGUAUUCAUCAAGAGAAAGGGAGCCAAAUUUCUACGGUUUGCUCCUGUUUCAUCUCACCAAAAAGUCACCUUCUCUGUUCAUUCGUGCCUGGAUGCCAUUCAGAUCCAAGUUAGAAGAGAUGGAAAACUUCUCUUGUCUCAAAAUGUGGAGGGUGUGCGGCAGUUCCAGCUUCGGGGAAAAGCAAAAGCUAAGUAUCUCAUCAGGCUGAAAGGAAGCAAAAAAGGUGCUUCUAUGCUGAAGAUCCUGGCUACAACAAGGCCUAACAAGCAGUCGUUUCCUUCUCUUCCUGAAGAUACGCGAAUCAAAGCCUUUGACAAACUCCGCACUUGUUCUUCAGUCACGGUGGCGUGGCUGGGCACGCAGGAGAGAAACAAAUUCUGCAUCUACAAAAGGGAAGUGGAUGACAAUUACAACGAAGAGCAGAAGAAAAGAGAGCAGAACCAGUGCUUGGGUCCAGAUACAAGGAAGAAAUCAGAAAAGGUUCUCUGUAAAUACUUCCACAGCCAGAACAUCCAGAAAGCAGUGACCACAGAGACAAUCAGAGGCCUGCAGCCUGGCAAGUCCUACCUGCUGGAUGUGUACGUGAUAGGGCACGGUGGGCACUCCGUGAAAUAUCAGAGCAAAUUGGUGAAAACGAGGAAGUUCUGUUAGUGCCCCUGUACAUAGAAAUAUAUGGAACUCCAGUCUGAACAUUAUCCUACUUCCAAGUAUACGGAUUGACUACUUGCACAGCUGAGAAGUUGUGACCUGUAUUUGUACUGUGUAGAAAAGAUAUCAACUUGUAUAUUUAUGUUUACAUAAGUAAUUGUUUGGAGGAACUGAGGCUGGUGCUCUCUGGUAGCAUCUGGCGAUGGUAUUAUCGUGUGUCCAGUGACCCACAUGUGAUGCUCAGUAGAUGUCCAAGGUAGCAGGAAACCUCGAAGGAACUGGCACUCCUUUGCUUCCGUAUUGCAUGAACUGCUUCUAAAUUAUUUUAUACUUAAAAGGCUGAGUUACAUCAUUCGUCCACCUUGUUAUUCACACACAAAACUCACAGACGUACACCCUUUCUCUCAGCGUAGAUGGUAGGGUUUCUGUAAAUUAUUUUAUAGAGUCUUGUUUUAAAUGUUUAUGUUUCUAUGAUUGUAAACUAUUAAAAUCUCUCCCCAACAAAAUACAGAUCUAAACUAAGUAUUAACUGGGCUGCACAUGAAGCAGUUUUAUUGCUAAUAUAAAUUCUUACCUAGCGGAUUUUCAUGUUUAAAUACUGUAUGUAUUUCAUGUACAAAGUUGCCAUAACAUUAUAUUCCUGUACAUAAAAUUAAAAAUAUUAGAUUAUAUAUUGUUUCUUUUUUCUUGACAUUUUAAGGGGGCAAACAGACUUGGGGACAGAGGAGGCAUUCUGAAACUUGAACUGAUUUCGUCUAGGAUGUACCUCUCUCUUGUUGUUCAUCUUUUGCGGCAAGGUGACUGAAGUCCAGUAGAAUUACUGAUGUUACUGAGUCAGUUAAAAUCUGCAAGAGAGUGCAGGCCAUCGAAGGAGGGGUAUUUGUGGCAUAGUCUGUGUCUACAGUGAUACAAGCACUAAAGGAGCAGGACAGCACAGAGGAGCUUCACUUGUCCUGGGUGAGAAUGGAUCCUGUUUCAUCGUGGUUGUGAGUGCCGCCAGCGCUUCGCAAGGAGCUCGCAGUCUGAGCUAGAGAAACCAUACAAUUCAAACAAAUAAUAUGCCAGAGAACCAGUUGUUAUUUUUGUUAGAUUAUCAUUGAAAACAUUUGCUUUCUGGAUGCUGCUGGUUUUGACCGCAGUAAUAAUAAGCUGAGAGGAUUAUUUUUUUUCCAUUGACAAGAACGGUAGUGCUAAGAAAAAAACGUGUACUUUCAUUUAAAUUGCAGUUAUUUCCAUUGUGUAGAUUUCUUUUAAAUAUUAAAUGUCUGGAUCUCAUAUUUUCUAAAUUUUCUUAUUUGUUUUUCCACGUCACCUUCAUUGACUCAAAAACUUGUAUAGAGCUGCUUAAUGGAAAACACACUUCUGAGAAGCAACUAGACCAGCCCUAUUUGAAGCGGCUAAGAGCAGGAUACAUACUGCCUCAGUCCCGAUAUUAUAGUACAGGUCAGGGCCUCAGGACAGGUAACUGAGACCUUUUUUUCAUGGUCCUAUCAUAUGUAUCAGUCUGCAGCACUCAGGCAGUGGAUGUCAGGGCUUAUUCAAAGACAGUCUCUGUCUCUUCCUUAGGUGCUGGUCCACAAAACGUCUCACUGCUGUGAUUUUAGCACUUUCAGGCCCCUCGGG